CAUCUUCAUGCUGAAUCAUAACCUAAUCUGCCAACCUCAAACAACCCCCCGUCUCUCUCUCUCUCUCUCUCUCUCCCCCUAUAUAUAUCCAUAGAAUGAACCCAUUAUCUUCAUCGAUCAAGCUCAAAACAAAUUAGCAUAUUCCCAUUCAGGCCAAGAAGAGAAGGGAUGGAAACCUUGGUCAAACUGCUCCUUGGCCUUGUUUUGCUUCUCUUGGCAAAUGCAGUUCCCUUGCUAGCCAGUCCCAAAGCUCACCACCAUGAUUUUGUUGUUCAGGCAGCAAAAGUGAAGAGGCUGUGCAAAACCCACAACUCCAUCACGGUGAACGGUCAGUAUCCAGGGCCGACAUUGGAAAUCAACAACGGAGACACCCUGGUGGUCAAAGUCACUAACCGGGCCCGUUACAAUGUCACCGUUCAUUGGCAUGGAGUGAGGCAGAUGAGAACUGGCUGGGCUGACGGGCCGGAAUUCAUAACGCAGUGCCCCAUUAGGCCAGGAGAGAGCUAUACUUACAGGUUUACGAUUCAAGGCCAGGAGGGGACCUUGUGGUGGCAUGCCCACAGUUCAUGGCUAAGAGCCACUGUCUAUGGAGCUCUCAUUGUUCACCCCAGAGAAGGCUCUUCCUUUCCAUUCCCCAAGCCCAAUCGGGAGUCUAUCCUUAUGUUGGGUGAAUGGUGGGAUGCAAAUCCCAUUGAUGUUGUUAGAGAAGCCCUCCGAACUGGGGCUGCUCCAAAUGUUUCGGACGCCUAUACCAUCAAUGGCCAACCCGGCGAUUUCUACAAAUGUUCCAGCAAAGGUACAGUAAUAGUUCCUGUAGACUCUGGGGAGACCAACCUCCUCCGAAUAGUAAACGCCGCGCUGAAUCAACAGCUCUUCUUCAGCGUCGCCAACCACAAGCUCACAAUCGUCGGAGCCGAUGCUUCCUAUCUCAGACCCUUCACCACCUCAAUCAUCAUGCUGGGGCCCGGCCAAACCACUGACGUACUCAUCACCACCGAUCAGCCCGCGGCUCGGUAUUACAUUGCGGCGCGCGCCUACGCCAGCGCCCAAGGCGCGCCAUUCGACAACACGACCACCACGGCCAUUCUUGAAUACAAGAAAGCGGCUUGCCCUGCAAAGGCCAAGUGCUCUUCACCCAAGCCCGUCGCCGCAACCUUGCCGGUCUUUAACGACACGGCCACCGCCACGGCUUUCACCACCCGGCUUAGAAGCCGCGAGCGAGCCGAAGUGCCAACCGACAUUGAUGAAAACCUCUUCUUCACAGUCGGCUUGGGUCUCAACCGGUGCCCGCCGGGCGUCAGGGCGCGUAACUGUCAAGGGCCCAAUGGCACCCGCUUUGCGGCCAGCAUGAACAACGUCUCCUUCGUGCUUCCGAAAAACUUCUCCAUCCUGCAAGCGUACCGGCAAGGCGUCCCAGGAGUUUUCACACCCAAUUUUCCGGGCACUCCGCUGGUAAAAUUUGACUACACCGGAAAUGUGAGCCGGGCUCUGUGGCAGCCGGUCCCCGGAACUGAGAUUUACAAGCUUAAGUACGGCGCUAGAGUGCAGCUUGUUUUACAGGGAACUAGCAUAUUCACGGCAGAGAACCACCCAAUCCAUCUUCAUGGCUACGACUUCUACAUCAUCGCAGAGGGAUUUGGAAACUUCAACAGCAAGACUGACACUGCCAAAUUUAACCUCGUUGACCCCCCAUUGAGGAACACAGCUAGUGUGCCUGUUGGUGGAUGGGCAGUCAUUAGAUUCGUGGCUGAUAAUCCAGGAGCUUGGAUUAUGCAUUGUCACUUGGAUGUUCACCUAACCUGGGGAUUGGGCAUGGUGUUUGUGGUGGAAGAUGGAAUCGGCGCGAGUCAAUCAAUAGAGCCUCCUCCAGCAGAUCUGCCUGCAUGUUAAUUACUUGACAUCCAAAUUAAGAAAAGUGCUGCUCCAAGAAACGAGAUUACUCACUUAGUUUGAUGCAUAAUCAUUUAUUUUGUGUUGUUAGCAUAAGAGGUCAAAUUCAGUGUUUUUGGCUCCCACAUUGGGACUAGCAGUUCUAUGUUCUUUUUGAUAGACCAAACUGCGUCUGGAUCGGUCAACAGCAUCUCAUCUCAUGAGUGUCAUCCCGCUUAGAAAACGAGGUGCCUAAAUGUUUGUUGCCUAUAUGUCUAUUCUUAUUUUUCGAGAGCCAAUGAAAGAAAUGGUUGGUUCUCUAUUUGGAAUAAAUCUCAUAGCUUUUGGUUUCUUUUUCAUCA